AUGGUACAAAAUUAUCAUCAUUAUAUUGUAAUUGUAGCUGAUAGCAUUGCUUCACGAAUUAUCCCAAAAUGUCAGUUCAAUUUCAAAGCAACAGCUCAAAAUCCGAUCGAAUAUAAGUAUGGUCCACGAGCUGUCACCAUGGGCGACUUCAAUAAUGAUACUUGGUUAGAUAUUGUGGUUGCCAAUUAUGACGCUGACAAUAUAGCCAUAUAUUUUGGACAUGGUGAUGGUACCGUAGCAAACCCAAUCAAGAUUUCUACUGGUAAGGGCUCUGCUCCGUAUAUGAUUGCCGUUGGCGAUUUUGACAAUGAUCAUCGACCGGAUGUUGCUAUCGCAAAUUUCGGCACCAAUAGUAUCGAUAUACUUCUUGGAUUUCAAAACGAAUCUUUCGCAAACCAAAUAUUUCUAUCCACUGAAUCAUCUCGUCCAGUUUGGAUUCAUGCAGCAGAUCUCAACAAUGACUCAGCAGUAGAUCUUGUCACUGCUAAUUAUGGGACACACAGUGUUAGCAUAUUUUAUGGGAAUGGAGAUGCAACCUUUUCAAACUCAAGUAAUUAUUCUACAGGCUAUGAUUCUUUCCCAUUAGCAGUCGUUAGUGGCGAUUUCAACAACGACAAACAGAUAGAUCUUGCUAUCGCCAAUUAUGGUACUAAUAAUGUUGGUAUACUCUUUGGAACUAGUAAUCGUACUUUCACAAACCAAUUCACCAUCUUAACUGGCCCUAAUUCAAACCCGUAUUCGCUUGCCGUUGGCUAUUUCAAUGGAGACAUGAUCCUAGACAUUGCUGUCACCAAUUAUGGAAAUGACAGUAUAGGUGUACUUCUGGGAUAUGGCAACGGAGCGUUUAUGAGUCAAAUGACAUAUUCCCUUCCUAAUGCUUCUCCAUAUGCUAUUGGCAUUGGUGACUUCAACAACGACAAUCGAAUGGACUUAGUAGUCACCAAUAAUGGCUCUUACAAUAUAGCUUUACUUGCCGGAUAUGGCAACGGUACCUUUGCGAGCCCAACAAUGUAUUCAACUGGAUCUUCUUCAUCAAUCUCCGUUACCAUAGAUGACUUGAACAAAGACAAUCGCUCAGACAUUGUCUUUAUCAGCAAUGAUACAAACACCAUAGGCAUUAUGGUUGACUAUGACGAAUUUUUUCCGAUUCAAAAGACGUAUUCAACAGGCAGAGAGCCAUACUCUAUAGAAGUUGGCGAUUUUAAUAACGAUAGUCAUCUAGACAUCGUCACUGCUAAUAACAAUGAGAACACUGUAAGUGUCCUUCUUGGAUAUGGAAAUGGCUCGUUUGCAAAUCAAACAAAAUAUCCAACUGGCUUCGGACCACAAUCUGUAGCUGUUGGUGAUUUUAACAACGAUACUCAUCUGGACAUCGUCGUAGCCAAUACAAAUAACAACACUGUAAGUGUACUUCUCGGAUAUGGUGAUGGCUCUUUUUCAAAUCAAACGAAAUAUUUGACUGAAGCCAGCCCAAUCUUUGUAGCAGUUGGUGAUUUUAAUAAUGACACCAGACUUGAUAUCGUCACCGCCAAUUCUGGUGACAACACUGUAAGUGUACUUCUCGGAUAUGGUGAUGGCUCUUUUGCAAAUCAAACAAUAUAUUCAACUGGCUCUCAACCAUUUUCUGUAGCUGUCGGUCAUUUUAACAAUGAUACUCAUCUGGAUAUCGUCGUUGCUAAUUAUGAUGGCAACACUGUAAGUGUUCUUCUUGGAAAUGGUGAUGGCUCUUUUUCAAAUCAAGUUCCGUAUUCAAGUGGCUCUGGACCAGUCUCUGUAGCUGUUGGUGACUUAAAUAACGACAACGUCCUGGAUAUCGUCGUAGCCAAUACGAAUGACGCCACUACAUAUUCUACUGACUCUCAACCAACAUCAGUAGCUGUUGGUGACUUUAAUAAUGACACCAGACUUGAUAUCGUCACCACCAAUUUUGGUGGCAACAAUGUAAGUGUACUUCUAGGAAAUGGUGAUGGUUCUUUUGCUAAUCAUACGACAUAUUUAACCGGCUCCGGCCCAGACGCUGUCGCUGUUGGUGAUUUUAACCACGAUACUCAAACGGAUAUUGCCGUUAUCAAUUUUAAUUACAACACUGUGAGUAUACUACUUCGAUAUGACAGAGGUGCUCUGAAAGAGAAAGUCACGUUUGCUACUAGCGAUGGUUCGCGUUUGCGAAGCUUUGCCGUUUUUGAUUUCAAUAAUGACAAUGUAUUGAAUAUCGCCGUGGCUAAUUAUGGCACUGAUAACAUAGGCAUCAUUCUUAGAUAUGAGAAUGGUACUUUUGGAAAGCAAAUGGUGCUCUCAACAGGCUUAAAUUCUCAUCCGUACUCAAUCGCUAUUUAUGAUUUCAAUAGAGACGAUCGAGUAGACAUAGCCGUGGCCAAUUAUGGCGCUAAAAAUCUUGUUACAUUUCUGGAAAAUGAGAAUGGAGCAUUUGAAAAUCAAGCAAGUUACGGUAUAGACUUCGAUUUCUCUCCGGUGGCGAUUGGUACUAGUAGUUUGAAUCAACAUGAGCGUUCAGAAAUUUUCGUUGCAUAUGAGGAUAUCGAUCAUAUAGAUGUGUACACUACAUACAACCUUGGAACUUUUGGUCAUGACAUUAAAUAUUCAACUGCUACUUGGCCUAACUCCCUAGCUCUGGGUGAUUUUAAUAAAGAUACUUAUCAGGAAAUCGUCGUUACUAAUAUGGGAAGCAAUACUAUCGGUGUUCUUCUUGGGUAUGGUGAUGGUUCUUUUGCAAAGCAAACGCAAUAUUCCACUGGUUCCUGGCCGUGGUCUGUAGAUGUCGGUGACUUUAACAACGACACUCAUCUGGAUAUUGUCGUAGCUAAUACAAAUGAAAACACUGUAAGUAUACUUCUCGGAUAUGGUAAUGGCUCUUUUGCAAAUCAAACGAAAUAUCCAACUGGCUCUGGGCCACGCUCUGUAGCUGUUAGUGAUUUUAACAACGAUACUCAUCUGGACAUCGUCGUAGCUAAUACAAAUAACAACACUGUAAGUGUACUUCUCGGAUAUGGCGAUGGCUCUUUUUCAAAUCAAACGAAAUAUUUGACUGACGCUAGCCCAGUUUCUGUGGCAGUUGGUGAUUUUGACGGCGACACUCAUCUGGACAUCGUCACUGCUAAUUACGUUGCGAACACUGUAAGUAUACUUCUCGGAUAUGGUAAUGGCUCUUUUGCAAAUCAAACAAAAUAUCCAACUGGCUCUUUCCCAAUAUCUGUGAGUGUUGGUGAUUUUAACAACGACACCCAAUUAGAUAUUGUCGUUGCUAAUAGCGCUGAUAACACUGUAAGUAUCCUUCUCGGAUAUGGCAAUGGUUUUUUUGCUAAUCAAACGACAUAUUUAACGGGUACUGGCCCACAAGCUGUCGCUGUUGAUGAUUUUAACAACGACAACAAACUAGAUAUUGUCGUUACUAACUGGGACGAUGGUACCAUGAGUAUUUUGCUUGGACAUGGUAAUGGUGUUUUUGAAAAACAAAUGAUAUAUUCCACUGGCAUUAGUCCUUCUUCCGUAGCUGUUGGUAAUUUUAAUAAGGACACCCAAUUGGAUAUCGUUGUCAGUAAUGGAAAUGGAAAAAGUGUUAGUGUAUAUCUCGGAUAUCCAAAAGAAGGUUUCUUCAACCAAAUGAGACUUAUAACUGGCAAUGGAUCUCGCCCCAAGUCGUUUGCUAUUGGAGAUUUCAACAAGGAUGGUCAAAUGGAUGUUGCAGUGGCGAAUUCAGGCACGAACAAUAUCGGUAUUUUUCUGAGAUAUGACAAUGGUUCUUUCGCAAAUCAAAUAACCUAUUCAACUAGAUUUUCACCGUGGUCAAUAGCUAUUGGUGACUUCAACGACGAUAUGAUACUUGAUAUCGUUGUUGCAAACCGUGAUAGUAACAAUGUUGGUGUGUUUCUUGGACAUAGAAAUGGAUCUUUUUCAAGUCAAAAGGUGUUUAUGACUGGCUUUAACUCUCAACCAAACAUGGUUGCCGUUAGCGAUUUCAAUAAUGACACUUUGCUGGACAUAAUUGUUACGAAUUAUGGUACAAACGAUAUAGGUGUAUUGCUGGGUUAUGGAAAUGGCUCGUUUGCAAAUGUCAAGUUGUUUUCGACUACCUAUGGAACUCAUCCAUUCUCAAUUGCUGUUGGUGAUUUAGACGGCGAUAGAAAGUUGGAUUUCAUCGUGGCUAAUGAAGGUGCUGAGAAUUUAAAUACUUUUUUACAAACUUGCUAA